UUAGUCCCGCUUAAUUUUCCCUCCGGUUAACUAACAAAGCGCUAAAUAAAUUAGAUCGCUAAUCCCAUCUGCAUCAUUCGCGCCGCCCUCAAAGCCACACCUCGGCGGCCUCCGUCGCCGCCCCUCCAACGCUCGCUGCAUCCUCAUCCGACGCCACCUGUCAGCGGCUACCCACGCGCCUGCCCGUCCGUCAACGCCCGAUUGAAACCAUCGCUGCCCAGAUCUGCCUCAGUGGUUUGCAUCGUUGUGGCAACGACAUCGUCGAUCCUCAACUCUGGAACUAAAUCCAGAAGGACUACACCAUUCUCGCGGCUGGAAGUCAGUAUGUGCACUGUGUACUAAAACUAAGCUUGGUCAGAGAAAUAACAACCUUGGUGGUGGCUUGACCAGCAAUGGCUGUGGAAAAUUGGAAAAUUAGCCUGUCCUAUGAAGAGAGUUCAUGCCAAUGGACCCAAUGCAGAAUACGUAGUGAUCAAACCCAGAGAUACAACAAUGAAUAAAACUCACCCACAUCGACAUGGCACACACGAAGAUAAUGACAUUCUGUCAGGCACACAGAAGCAUCAUCUUGAAAAUGCGGGCUGCAAUAAACUCUCAUAUCAAGCACCAUCAUCACCAGCCCAUCCUGUUUUCGAUCCUAUUUUUUAUGGAGAGAUGAGAAAGAGCAGGGAGAAUAUGGAUGGAAAUUUGACUAGAGUACACAAACAAAGCACUCAAGACAAGUCUGUAGUCCAUGUGUCCUCUAAGCAGAAACGUAGUCCUUCAAUGGAGGUUGGCACAAAAGUGAUUCUGAAGUCCUCAGUAUAUCCAAACAAAAGGCAUGUGGCACAUGCUAGCAUUUUGGGUUGCAAUUCAAAAAAAAUGGUUGGUGGUGUUGAGCUAGGUCGGCAGUUCAUAGAAGUGCAAGUUGAUCAACCUAUUGAGGAAUGUGAGCUCUUGGUAAGGGAAAGGGAAAAUUGUAGGACAAUUGGCGAUACUUUCACCUCUGGAUUAACAAUUGCUUGGCCUUCGUCAUGUAUUGAGAGGUUCAGUGGUUGAGUUGAUUUGGAUGGUUUUGCUUAUGAGGAAUCGAGAUGCAAAUAUGACAUAUUGAUGCAAGAAAUAUUCGAGGGGCACAUUCUAGUGAACAUGAAUAGGGGUGUCACAUGGUAUCAGUGAUAGGAAAUCUUUCGCAUACUAUAGUUUACAUUAAUGGGUUGAGAAAUGUAUUUUUUUCCCUAAAAUAUGGAUCUUCUAUAUGUUUAUUGUUACAAAUGCUAUGGAAUGGCAUGGACCAUAUUGAUAUUUUAUAUCCUCGUGCAUAUAUGCAAGCUUUA